AUGAUGCAAGCUUUUGAAAUGUUCGAUCUUGGUCUGAUGACUUAUUUCCUUGGAAUGGAGAUUACACAGGGAAAAGAUGAGUUUUUCAUUUUCCAGAAGAAGUACGCGAAGGAAAUUCUCAAGAAAUUCAAAAUGAAAAAUUGCAAAGAGGUGAAUACUCCCAUGAACCCAAAAGAGAAACUAAGCAAAGAUGGAGCCGAAAAGGCGGACGAAACAUAUUUCAGAAGUUUCAUUGGGUGUUUAAUGUAUCUUACAGCAACAAGACCCGAUAUAUUAUAUGCUGUUCCAAAGAUGACUCGAAGAGUACUUCAGGGAACUGUUUUAGUCUUGGUUUUGGGAUUUUUUCAUAGAGUUGUAAGAAACAGGACAUUGUGGCUCAAUCUACUGCUGAAGCGAGUUUGUGGCAGCUACAGCAGCGGUAAAUCAAGCAUUGUGGCUGAAGAAAAUUCUGAUUGA